CACCUCUCUCUCUCUCUCUCUCUCUCUCUCUCUCUCUCUCUCUGUCUCUCUCUCUAGAUCUCUCUCUUUCUGUCUCUUCGGAUCUCUCGGAAGCUCCAACAAUGGUGGUGUUCUCGGUGGUGCGGAAGGAGACGAAGCCCAUCGAGGGCCAGAAGCCCGGAACAUCGGGGCUCAGGAAGAAGGUGACUGUGUUUAAGCAGCCUAAUUAUCUUCAGAACUUCGUUCAGUCGACAUUUAAUGCGCUUUCUGUUGAAAAAGUUAAAGGUGCUACAAUUGUUGUUUCUGGUGAUGGGCGGUAUUACUCAAAGGAUGCCAUCCAGAUUAUAACUAAGAUGGCUGCUGCUAAUGGAGUAAGACGUAUUUGGGUUGGGCAAAAUGGUUUACUGUCAACUCCUGCGGUUUCAUGUGUUAUACGUGAAAGAGUUGGUGCAGAUGGAUCAAAGGCAACAGGAGCUUUCAUAUUAACUGCUAGCCACAACCCUGGUGGUCCGCAUGAGGAUUUUGGAAUCAAGUACAAUAUGGAAAAUGGGGGUCCUGCUCCUGAGGCUGUUACUGAUAAGAUCUUUGCCAAUACAAAGAUAAUAAAUGAAUACCUGAUUGCUGAAGAUCUUCCAGAUGUGGAUAUUUCCGUUAUAGGUGUUAGCAGCUUUGGUGGGCCUGAAGGGCCAUUUGAUGUGGAGGUCUUUGAUUCUACCACUGAUUAUGUGAAGUUGAUGAAGACUAUUUUUGAUUUUGAGUCGAUCCAAAAGCUGCUUGCAUCUCCAAAGUUCACAUUCUGUUAUGAUGCUCUUAGUGGUGUGGCUGGAAUCUAUGCCAAACGCAUAUUUGUUGAGGAGCUUGGUGCUAAUGAAAGCUCGCUGCUAAAUUGUGUACCUAAGGAAGAUUUUGGAGGUAGUCAUCCUGAUCCUAAUCUUACAUAUGCGAAAGAAUUGGUCGCACGAAUGGGUUUAGGUAAGUCUGCCUCUGAAGUUGAACCACCUGAAUUUGGUGCUGCUGCUGAUGGUGAUGCAGAUCGCAACAUGAUACUUGGUAAAAGAUUUUUUGUCACACCAUCGGAUUCUGUGGCCAUCAUUGCUGCCAAUGCUGUUCAAGCAAUUCCUUAUUUUACCUCUGGUCUCAAGGGAGUUGCGAGGAGCAUGCCAACAUCAGCUGCCCUUGAUGUUGUGGCAAAGAAUUUGAAUCUUAAAUUCUUUGAGGUUCCUACUGGUUGGAAAUUUUUUGGGAACUUAAUGGAUGCUGGUCUAUGCUCAAUUUGUGGUGAAGAAAGCUUUGGCACAGGAUCUGAUCACAUUCGUGAAAAAGAUGGAAUUUGGGCUGUUCUCGCAUGGCUUUCUAUACUUGCUUACAAGAACAAGGACAGUCUUGAUGGGAAUAAGAAGCUGGUCACAGUUGAAGAUAUAGUUCGUCAACACUGGGCAACGUAUGGUCGCCAUUAUUAUACUCGAUAUGAUUAUGAGAAUGUCGAUGCAGGUGCUGCUAAGGACCUGAUGGCCAAUCUGGUUAAAAUACAAUCAUCUCUUUCUGAUGUCAACAAGAUUAUAAAGGAGGUACAGCCCGAUGUGUCACCCGUGGUCAACGCUGAUGAGUUUGAAUACAAGGAUCCUGUGGAUGGUUCUAUCUCCAAGCACCAGGGUAUCCGUUAUUUCUUCAAGGAUGGGUCGCGUCUGGUUUUCCGGCUCUCCGGAACUGGCUCAGAAGGUGCGACCAUCCGUGUUUACAUUGAACAGUACGAGAAGGAUCCUACCAAGACUGGGAGGGAUUCCCAAGAUGCGCUCGCUCCACUUGUGGAUGUCGCGUUGAAGCUCUCAAAGAUGCAGGAGUUCACCGGCCGAUCUGCUCCCACCGUCAUCACUUAAAAUUCUCAAGCGAGAAGCUGCCGUCGCAAUAAGUUGAGGUUUCUGGAUGAGAUUUCUCUCCAAGGAUUUUUGUUUUGUGAAAUGGUUAUAGGGCAUGUUAUAGUUACCGUAAUUUAUCAGUGUCCUUCUCAGAUUCUUCUCUUCUUGAAUGCUGUGUAGUUCAGUAGUCUGAGAAAUAAUUUUGAUCCCGGAAGAGAUCCGGUGAUCUGGAUUUCUGUCGUUGUAAUUGACAGAUGUAAAAGAGUCCAGUUUUGUUGAACAAACAUUAGGGUUGUCAAUGGGGCUGGAAGUGACCCAAACUUUUUUUAUGAAACAAAACUCAGGCUUGGCUGGUCAGAAAGCUUGUUUUGAGAUUAUAAAUUAUUUAUUAUAUGCUUUUUUA